AUGAUAAAAAAAGACCAUAAAUCGCAAUUCGCAAGAUAGCCGUCCCUUGGGAAAACAGAAUUUAAUAGCGGAUCCAAACAAAAUGAUGAAUAAGUAAAAUACAUUCUAGCUUAGUAAGCUCUGGAAUCACAUCCUUAAACUAUGCUGUAAUCAUCACUUUUAGAUUUUGUAAAAGCAUAUAAUGGUCCUUCUGAUGAUGAUGUGCAGAGUGAAAAUAAUUCUGAUGAGGAUUCUCCCUCUAACAAUAUUGAUUUUGCUCAAGUUUACAGCCACGAAAUGAUAAUGCAUGAACCCAAUAUACCUCGAUCCUAACCUUCGGAGUAAAUCGAAGAGCAAGACCAAGAGAAUCAAUACAUUAUAAGCAAGGACACCACCUAUCUGAAAUAAGAGAAUUAGAUGAUUUUGAAGCAUCAGCCUUAAACCACCCAAUUAACGAGCAUUGAGCAAACACAAAGAACAGAAUAAGGAUUAUUGGAAAUUUUUAGUAAAAGCGCUAACCGGAAAGUAGUUCCCGAAUCUAUUACAAAAACUUAAACCUCGACUCCAUAAUAAUUUUAUUAGUCUACUAUUUAUUAGAAUUUCUCAACUUUUUCCUAGAUUUUACUGUUGCAUGUAUUCUCAUAUAUGAGGAAAGUGCAGCAAUUGAUUUCGGAAUAGAGUGUGAAAUUGGGCAUAUUCCAUCUUCCAGUCCAAGACCAAGAGGAUACAAUAUAACCCAAUUACCAAAAGGCCAAAAAGCUAUUUAAUCUUAAAGUAUUUAAUCCCUUAAUAUUUAGAUUUCGGAGUAAAUUACCUCAUUAUCAUUAUUUCGAAUCUUCUUCUUCGGAGAUAAUAAAUGGUUAACUUUCAAAAUUGUCAUGUUGGCUAUGAGUGAAACCUAUUCCAGAUUUGUAAUGGCCAUUCUAACCCAAACUCUCAUAGCCGCAGUCAAAGACGGAAACCAGAACAGCGCUUUCUACCAAGCACUUGCCCUCGGUAUUUUGUCACUGGUAGCCCUAUUAAGCAAGCAUUAUUAACUGUACAUCAUUUAAAGUAUUCACAUACUAGAUACACCAUCAACAAUUUCUCAACAAAAAUGAGGAUGAUCUUAACUAACUUUGUUUUUGAUAGGAUUCUAGAAAUGAAAGCAUAUGAGAUUAAGGAAUUCAGUGUGGGAAACAUCAUGAACCUAGUGAGUGGUGAUAUAAAUGCAAUUGAAUUUUAAUUGAAUUUUGUAUAUGCCAUAGCCAUAAUCCCAGGUUCAAUCAUAUUUGCCUCAGUCAUCCUAUGGGUAAUCAAUUGAUUUUUAUGUAGUUAAGAUUCAAUGGACCGAUAGGAUUGAUUGCAAUUCUAAUUUGCAUCAUCAUCUACCCUUUGCAAGUUUUGAUCCAAAAAAGUGUUCAGAAAGUCUUGACUCAAGUUAAACUCAAGUAGGACAACAGAAUAUCCUUCUAAAAUCAAUUAAUCGAAGGCAUAAGACUCAUCAAAAUGUAUGUGUGGGAGAAGGCAUUCUAAGAUAAAAUUUAGGCAAUUAGGAGACAAGAAGUUAUCAACUAUUUUAAAAUUCACUUCCUCAAUUUAAUUGAUAGAUCCUUUAAUUACAGUGUUCAUAUCUGGGGAUCGUAUCUAUUUUUACUGAUCAUCUACUUCAACGAUAUAUACAUCGAUGUUUCCUCAAUAGUUGGAACCAUCUAAUUGAUGUCUAUGAUCAAAUAUUAUUGCGUGUUUUAAGUGUCAUAUGCAUUUCAAGCUUUCAUGAAUUUGAAUGUUAUUUUCAAAAGAGUGGUGGCAAUAAUGACUUCAAAUGGGUCCAGCAGUGAAAAGAAAAGACUUUUGUUGACAAAUAUUGAGACUCCAAAUUAGGUUAUCAGAAAGUCCAAUACAAUAAAUGUGAAUGGCAAAGUCAACUCAUCUAAAUAAAUAAAGAAACAGAGUUGUGUUAUCAAGAGAGUUCCGUAUGUUACAAUGGCAGAAGUGAAUCUUAGAUGGAAGCCAAGAUCAUUCCCAGUUUUAUCAGACUUAAAUUUGGAGGUGUUUCCAGGACAACUAAUAGGAUUGAUAGGCAGAGUUGGUUCUGGAAAGACUACUUUGUUGUAGUCUAUUUUGGAAGAAUUGCCUCAAAUAGAUGGAGAAUUCUAUGUAAAAAAGAAGCUUAAAAUAUCGUUUGUUGAGUAGGAUCCAUUUAUAUACACUGGAACUGUGAGAGAGAAUAUUUUAUUUGGCAAAGAAUUUGAGCAUGAAUUGUAUAGGAAAGUGAUGCAAGUUUCGUGUUUAGAUUAAGAUGUCUUAUCAUUUUAGGAUGGAGAUAAAACUCAGAUAGGAGAAAAGGGUGCAAAUUUAUCAGGAGGACAAAGAGCUAGAUUGAGUUUGGCAAGGGCUCUUUAUGCAUUGCCUGAUUUAUACUUGUUCGAUGAUCCAUUAUCAGCAGUUGAUGCCAAAGUGGCAAGGAAAAUAUUCACUUAUGCCAUAAAAGAAUUCAUAUUUAAAUUCUAACCACAAUAUCAAUAAGAAAAGAAUACUAAAUUUCAUCAAUAGUAUCUGCCUUCAAUUCCAGCCGUGAUAUUGUCAACCCAUUAAAUACAAUUUGCUUUGGAAUGCGAUUAUGUUAUUAUUUUAGACAAAGGCACCAUUGCAAAUCAAGGAACUUACAAGUAAGUCAAGGAAACCCUAGCCUUAUUUAAUUCUGAUAUUGUUGAACCAGUGAAGAAAUAAUUAGUCAGAAAGUAAACUAGAUUAGCAACUCUAUUAAACAAGCAAUAAGAAAAAGUAGAAAAGAAAGAAAUAGUCCAGUUGUUUUCAAAAGAAGAACAAAAUCAAACUGAUGCUGGAUGGACAACCUAUAAAAGAUACUUCAGCUAUUGGUCUCCUAUCUUUUUAAUCUUCAUUAUUAUCGGUCAGAAUGUGGCUACUGAAAUUAUCAACAACUAUUAUUACAGAGAAAUGGCUUUGUAUGAUGAAACAGACAGAGAGUCUAAUAACUAGCUAUUCCUCAACGCUGGACUCUUAGUUUUGGCUGCUUACUGCAACAACAUAGUGAAGUAUUUCUUAAAUAUCAUUGGAGUCCUUAUUUCUAAUAAUAAGAUUCAUAAUGAAAUGCUCUCAAGAUUGAUACGAGCACCAAUAUGCUACUUCGACACUAAUCCAUCAGGGAGACUAAUUAAUAGAUUUUCUACUGACUUAUCAUUGGCAGAUAACUAAAUUCAAUAAAUUAUUACUGAUAUCUUCGAAUAAGGAUCCCAAUUCCUUGUUUCCCUAGUCACAAUAGCCAUUUUGCAACCGUUCUUUACUUUUCCAUUGGUGUUUACCAUAAGCAUGACCAUAAUUAUUUUUUCGAUUACUCGAUCAGUUGUGUCCUAAUUGAAGAUUUGUGACUUAAUUUAAAGAUCCCCCUUAUUCGAUCAAUUUAAGGUUUGUUUAUAUGGAAUUACCUAAAUAAGAAUAAAUAAAAAUAAAGAUUGGAUUAGAGAGUAGUUCUAUUAACUAUGCAAUUAAUCAAUGUAAGCCAAUUUAAUAUUUUCUUAUUCCCAGAGAUGUUUUGGAUUUUACAUUGAUAUUUUUGGUUAAUUUACAAACAUAGCUGGUAUAUUUCUUAUAAUUGCCAUGAUUGAAGAUCCUACAUUGUUUUCGUAGGCCCUUUUAUUGCUGUCUACAUUCAACACUCAAGCUGGUACACUAAGAUAAUUCAUGGCCUUUGAUUCCAUAAUGAACAGUGUGAAUAGAAUGUUUGAGAUAUGCGAUAUUUAAUUGGAAGCUUAACUGACUCAACAAAUUGAUGAUGAAUUAUCAGUAAUAGGUUGGCCUGAGACAGGAACGAUUUAAUUCUAGAAAGUCGAGAUGCAAUAUCGUCCAGACAUGCCUUUCAUAUUAAAGGGCAUGAGUUUUAAAAUCGUGGGAGGUGAAAAGGUGGGAGUUGUCGGUAGAACAGGUGCUGGUAAAUCCUCUAUAAUUUAGGCUCUUUUAAGAAUGGCAGAAAUAACUCCAGAUGGGUAUAUUAUAGAAAUUAAUUUUAGAAACAUCUUUAUAGACAAUUAUGACAUCAGAGAAAUAGGAUUGGCCAAACUUAGAUCAGAAAUUGCUAUCAUCCCUUAAGUGCCAUUUCUAUUCAAAGCCACCAUCAGAGAAAACCUGGAUCCCUUGUACUUAUUUGAUGAUUCAAAAAUUUGGAAAGUUCUUAAAGAUACUGGGUUGCAAGAUUAUGUGUUAGAUCUUCCAAAUCAAUUGUAAUCUGAAGUGUAGCCUGAUCUAUUUUCAAUUGGUUAGAAAUAACUUAUCUGUUUGUCUAGAGUGUUGUUGAAUAAGAAGAAGAUUUUAAUUUUAGAUGAAGCCACUGCCAAUGUAGACAUGGCUACAGAUGCCUUCAUUCAAAGCACGAUCAAGGAGAAAUUCAGCGAUUGCACUAUUAUUACUAUAGCUCAUAGACUCAAUACGAUUGCCGAUUAUGAUAAGAUUCUUGUGUUGGAAGAGGGGAAAGUCUUAGAAUAAGGUCAUCCUUUUGAGCUAUUAGUUACAAAUCCAAGAACUUCUUAGGGAAUAGACAAAGAGUCUGUCUUUGCUAUGAUGGCUAUCUAGACAGGAGUCAAAAAUGGUUAGGCAAUUUUCGAAUUAGCUAGAAAAGCUUAUUUAUAACACAUUCUCAGAAAGGAAUACAACCAUGUUAAGACUAUUAUUUAAUCGGCUAAGCAGAGAAAAUCAGAAUUGCUUUCAUAAACAUCUCUAAUUCACGAGUAAAAGAAUUUGACUCCUUUUAAGAAAAGUAAAGAAUGA